AUGGCCGGCAUCGGCCAUGUUCUGGUCCUACCAUUUCCAGCACAAGGCCAUGUGAACUCCCUAAUGCGUUUCUCUCGACAAAUGGCAAAACAUGGCCUCAAAAUCACAUUUGUAAACAUGGAGUACAUUCACAAGCGUGUAGUGAGUUCAAUGCCUGAGGAGGGCAGCCUCAUGGAUUCAGACAUUAAUCUCGUGUCUAUCCCAGGUGGCUUGGAUAGUGAUGACGAAAGAAAUGAUCUGGGCAAGGCAAUGGAAGCCUUAUUGCGUACCGUGCCAGCAAGGCUUGAGGAGCUCGUAGAAGGCAUUAAUGCAUCAAAUGGUACUGGUGAUAUUAACAAUAUUACAUGUAUUCUGGCCGAUGGGGCGAUGGGUUGGGCCGUGGAAGUCGCCGAUAAGAUGGGAAUUAGAGGAGCUAUCUUUUGGUCUACGGUAGCUGCUUCUUCGGCCUUGCUAAUGAGCAUGCCAAGGCUGAUUGAUGAUGGGAUUCUAAACGGUGAUGGUAAGACUACUUUACUAUUAGAGCUGAUUCAACUGUCGCCGGGCAUUCCUGCCUUCGAAACAACAAAUCUUCCAUGGGCCGCGAUACCUGAUCCAACCACGCAGAAGCUAGAGUUUAUUUCAUUAUAUCGCACGAAACGCGGAAGCUUGCAAACUAUAGCAGAUUGGUGGCUUUGUAACACAGCUUAUGAGCUUGAGCCGGCAUCAUUUGACUUGUUUCCAAAGCUCUUGGCCAUUGGUCCACUACUAGAAAACGACCAAACUGGACAAUUCCGGCAAGAAGACUCAUCUUGCCUCAACUGGCUCGACCAACAAGCAUCUCGUUCAGUCAUAUAUAUUUCCUUUGGUAGCUAUGCAACUUUGGACCCUAUCCAAUUCCAAGAACUAGCUCUUGGACUUAGCCUCAUCAAUAGGCCUUUCCUGUGGGUGGUGGAUCAAAGAAACAUCGAUAGGGCGAAGAAUGCAUUUCCAGAUGAAUCUCAAGGUCAAGGAGCAUGUACCAAGAUUGUCGACUGGGCACCUCAAACAAAGGUCUUAGCUCACCCUGCCGUUGCUUGUUUUAUUAGCCACUGCGGCUGGAAUUCCGUCACAGAAGGUAUCACCAAUGGCGUCCCUUUUUUGUGUUGGCCUCAGUUCAUUGACCAGUUCCUUGACAAGAGCUAUAUUUGUGAUGAGUGGAAGGUUGGACUGGGUUUUGACCUGGCUGAAAAUGGACUCGUUUUGCGGGGCGAAGUGGCGAAGAAGGUGGAGCAAAUGAUUAGCAAUGAAUCUAUAAGAGCAAGAGCGCUGGAGCUUAAAGAAAUCAUAUUGAAAACCAGGGCAGAAGGUGGUCAUUCUUCAAAGAAUUUCAAAAACUUCAUCAAAUGGCUCAAGUAA